UUGGCCUCCCGUCAGGGAGGAGGGGACAAGAUGGCGGAGGCUUCGCCGCAGCCGGGACGCUACUUCUGCCACUGCUGCUCGGCCGAGAUCGCCCCGCGCUUGCCGGACUACAUCUGCCCGCGGUGCGAAUCUGGCUUUAUCGAAGAGUUGCCGGAAGAACCUAGGAAUGUCGAAAAUGGAUCCAACUCUUCAGCGUCGACCAGCGAGCAGAGCAGGCACCCGUUCGAGAACGCCGACCAGCACUUAUUCACCCUGCCCCAGGGCUACGGGCAGUUCGCCUUUGGCAUCAUCGACGACACCUUUGAGUUCCCGGCCUUCGGGUCCAAUGCUCAGCCGGAGGACAACCGGGACGCGGAGAACCGGCGCGAGAGGGAACACCAGUCCCGGCACAGAUACGGCACCAGGCAGCCCCGGGCGCGGUUCACGGCGCGGAGAGCCGCCGGCAGGCACGAAGGCGUCCCCACGCUGGAAGGAAUCAUCCAGCAGCUGGUUAACGGCAUCAUCGCCCCCACCACCAUACCGAACCUCGGAGUGGGGCCUUGGGGAGUCCUGCAUUCGAAUCCGAUGGACUACGCCUGGGGAGCUAACGGCUUGGACGCCAUUAUUACCCAGCUACUGAAUCAGUUCGAGAACACAGGGCCUCCUCCGGCAGACAAGGAGAAAAUCCAAGCGCUCCCCACAAUCCACAUCACAGAGGAACACGUAGGUUCCGGUCUGGAGUGUCCCGUCUGUAAGGAAGAUUACGAAGCAGGCGAGAGCGUCCGGCAGUUGCCCUGUAAUCACUUGUUUCACGACGGCUGCAUAGUUCCAUGGCUGGAACAGCACGACACCUGCCCCGUCUGCCGGAAGAGCCUCAGCGGCCAGAACACAGCCACCAACCCCCCGGGACUCUCGGCGAUGAACUUCGCCUCCUCGUCUUCCUCCUCCUCCUCCUCUUCCUCUAGCUCGCCGAGUAACGAGAACGCGGCGAACAACUCGUGAGAGCGGAACGGCGGGGCGGGAGGUUGCCGGGGGGGGGGGCCGGGUCGGAAAACGAAACACACCUUUUCGAACGCAAGCAAAAAACGAAACAAAAACGUCGCUGCUCUCGCGCCCCUUUUGUCGCCUUCCUCCCCACCUGGCGAAACUGGGGGGGGGUGGGCGGGUGUCUGUGGACGGGUGGGAAUGGGAGAGGAACACCCCCCCCAGCCCUGGAACACAGAGCAAAGGGGGCAGGAUGUGGGGCAGGGGAAGCAGAACGCGACACCCCCCCCACCGACACAUUUCCCCCGUGAACCGCGAUGACACCGAGGUCCUUCGCACACACACACAAACACACCCUUGUUUCUUCGCCCCCGCAAGGGUGUUUUGGGCGCUCUCCCGUUUUGUUUCCUCCGGGGUGGGUGCGGGGGGUACAAGGGAAGCCCACCCUUUUUAAAAAAACCGCGGACUCUUUGAGGAAAAACCCGGCAAAGGAACGUGGAAGCACUGAAGUGAGACUUUUUGGGGUUUUCUCCUUUUUUUUUGAGCGGAAAUCGUUUCUGUUAGUAGCUUGGUUUGUUUUUUUAAAAAGCAUUUUGACCAUCUUUUUUUGGGGGGGUCUCUUUUCAGUUCCUUAGCCCCUUUUGACGUUCCCUCUUCCCUCCCGUCCCAACCUAAUGGAUUUUUCUACUUCCUAGCUAGGAGAAGGAAAACCAGCCAAGGAAGGGAAUUUUUUUUUUGGGGGGGGGGACAGGUUAUGUGCGAAAAGCAUACCCUAACGACCGGACCCACAUUUUCAGGCUCGUUAGUUUCCUCUCCUGUUUUAACACCACCCUUUCCCUCCCCCCUUUUUUUUCUUUUUUGGGCAGCCCGGCGUCGAGAAAGGGGUUUUUAUAAUGUUAAAUUAUUACUGCUGUUGAAAUAAACGGACAUUUCAGCUCGGA